CUUCUGUCCACACCGAUGUAUCAUGCCCAACGCGCACGUUGAAGUCACCCAGCAGAAAUAGUCGGUUGCUUCUCUGCACAGAAGAGUCCACAUUCCGCAAAAUUCAAAUCUCCCCGCGGAUCCAACCAUGCAGCAGCCCUACCACAGUCUAUGCUGGUUCAAGUAAUACCAGUUCAUCAGAAACCAGACCAGCGAUCUCCAGAAUGAGAAGGAAAAGGAUUUCAAGCAUGAACCAUACAGAUUCACACAGUAAACAGUCAGGACACAUUAUGCAACCAGGAACCAACGCGCGCCCAUUCUCAGCUACCUUGAGGAGACCAUGCAUAGAUCGGCCCUCAAGCAUCGACACGACAGUUGCAUCAUCUGCACCCUCAGAGGUGGAAGACAAGAAAAUAAAUAGUGUAGCGACUCCAAUUCACCGAAACUCACAACCACUGAGAGGGAGAUUUCUUACUAGUCACAAUUCCUUUUCGUAUGUCUCCGUUAAACAAGAUCAUCAAAGAGGAGAUUACGAUCACAAAGCUGCAGAACAAUCAGAUGCUAUUCUCACAGAACGGCCUAAGAUAUCAGGCGAUACUGAAGUACUGAACAAUAUGGAUUUGUCAUUGCCAAAGAGAAAGAUUGUCGUUGUUAUUAGGAAAAGACCCAGAAAUCGUAGAGAGAUUUCUGCCGGUGAUGUGGAUGUAGUGAAUAUUCCAGCAGCGGAUCACAUUGUACUCUGUGAACCAAGACAACGGGUUGAUCUAACUGAAUAUUUGGAGCACACAACAUUCCGGUUUGAUCGCUGCUUUGAUGAACUUUCGACCACAGCAGAGGUCUAUCAUCAUACAGCCGCUCCAAUGAUCAGCUCAAUCUUUCAAGGCUAUAUGGCCACCUGCUUCGCAUAUGGGCAAACAGGGUCAGGAAAGACUUUCACAAUGGGCGGACCAAGAUCCGGACCCAACCUAUUGCCGAUGGUAGAAGAUGGUGUUUACGGCAUGGUCGUGAAGGAAUUAUUCUUGACAUAUGAAAAAUGUGGCCACAAUUCAGGUUUUACUAUAAGUGUGAACUACUUUGAAAUCUACUGCAACAAAGUGUAUGAUCUUCUUAAUAAAAAGCGACCACUUAGGGUGAUGGAAGAUUCAGUUGGAUCGGUUCAACUGGUGGGCCUCAGAGAAUAUCGGGUCGAGGAUGUACAAACCGCACUCUUGCUCCUUCGUAAUGGCUACCAGUUGCGAACGAAUGGGCAGACGACAUCAAAUGAACAUUCAAGUAGAUCACAUGCCAUUUUUCAGAUCAAUAUCCGAAGACGACUACAAGUUGAUUCAGUGCGGCGAAACAAUAGUUCACCAAAUUCUCCGGAGCAAUCAGAAGUUCACCUUUCGUCAUUCUCUUCCUGUUCAUAUCCAAAUCCACAUUACUCCGGCGCUUUAGUGGGCCGCUUCUCACUGGUUGACCUGGCAGGAAGUGAACGCAGUGUGGACAACUUGAGCACUUCGGACAGAACCCGACAAUUGGAAAGCGGUGAAAUUAACAAAAGUUUGCUUGCGCUUAAGGAGUGUAUUCGGGCAAUGGGAAAUCGUACAAGUUCCUACCUUCCGUUUCGAACGAGUAAAUUAACUCAAGUUCUGAGGGAAUCGUUCGUUGGGAAGCGAUCGUGCACCUGCAUGAUUGCCACCAUUUCCCCAGGUUUGUCCUGUUGUGAGAACAGUAUGAACACUCUCCGGUACGCGCAGCGUGUAAAACAUUUGACACCACUGGCUCGUUUGGCUAAACCAACCUACGGGAUUGUGUUGGCGACAGCAGAAAGGUUCCGUAAAGCAACUUCAGAGCGAGGUGAAGCAAGAAGAGAAGAAAUGCGCGCUCAGUCUACCCAUUCAAGGAGAAUGUAUCCACUCCCAACUACUUGCAUGCGCUGUAUCAGUCCAAAGGUGCUACACAUGGUAUUGAACGAUAUCCAGCUGAUAUAUAAAAGCCCUCAUACUAUGCUUAUUUCAUAUAUCUCCUUUUGUGAUGUAACAGUCAAUAAAGUAUCAGAGAAAUCUAUCCAGCUCGCAUCAGAAUCUAGACAGAAUAUACUUAUGUCACUAAGUGGCAUGGAUGCUACCUGUGCUACAUUGACAUGCCAGCUCUGA